ACUGAAGCAUGGGAGAAGCGCAGUUCAAUUCAGAGGCGACUGAGGCAAAGGCAGCGGAUGCAGCGUCCCCGCAGCACAAUCAUCUGGAUGCGCUCAUCAUUCGCAUUGGACAAUUCGGACGCUUCCAGAUACUCAACUAUAUAAUGCUCAGCCUGCCCAUCGUUUGCAAUGCCUUCUACUCCAUAUCCUACGUGUUUACGGCCAGCCCUGUGGUGCACAGAUGCAACAUCAGCCAGUGUGAUACUCCAAACAGCAGCUUUAUUGAGCCCUGGUUGAACUUUACGAUACCUCAGCACAAUGGAGCAUGGGAUCAAUGUAACCAAUUUGAGACAACUCUGGCAAAUGGAGCCCUCUGUGAGGAGCAUCAUUUCAAUAGCAGUCAUCCGGUCAGCUGCGAAGCGGGCUAUAAGCUGCGGGGUGACGAGGAAACCAUUGCCUCAGAGUUUGGCAUUUUUUGCUCCGAUAAAUGGAAACUUUCCAUGGUGGGCACGGUGAACAACAUUGGCCAGUUCGUGGGCAUACCCCUGGGAGGCUAUUUGGCGGAUCGUUAUGGACGCAAGGCAAUGCUCGUGGUGACUGGAGUUCUGAGCGCUCUGGCAGGCCUCGCACGUUCCCAUGCGCCCGAGUAUUACAGUUUUUUGUUCUUUGAGUUUCUGGACAUGGCGGUGGGUAGCACACUAUUUCCCACCGCCUUUCUGCUGGCUAUCGAGCUGGUCGGGCCCAAGCAUCGCGUUGUGGCCGCCAUGGUCAUCAGUUUGACCUACGGCCUGGCAGAGGCGGCAAUGGGUUAUCUGGCCAGCUUAAUUCUUGACUGGCGUGUGCUGCUCCGCGUGCUCUACACGCCGGCGCUACUGCAUCUGCUCUUCAUCUGCUACAUACCCGAGAGCGUACGCUGGCUGCUGAGCCAAUCUCGGGAAAUGGAGGCCGUUCAGAUACUGCGCAAGGUGGCGCGUGUUAAUAAACGGACCUUGCCCGAAAUGCAGCUCAGUGAAAUGGUCUGCAUGAAUCGCCAGCUGUUGGCCGAAUCCGAGACAUCUGGUGGUCACUACACUGUCCGUCAAAUUUUCAGUGCACUCGGCCUGCGCAUUGCUCAGUGCUGCUUUCUAUGGUUCAGCAACACGUUUAUAGCCCUGGGCCUAAGCCUGAAUGCAACCGAAUUGAAAGGCAACAAGUUUGAUAACUUUAGCAUGACGGGAUUAAUGCAACUGCCGGGCAUUUUGGUUGCCACCCUGCUGAUGCAUCGCAUUGGCAGGCGCUGGGCCUUGAGUCUCUCUCUGAGCACCUGUUCCUUAUUACUUAUUGUGAUGGCACUUCUGGACAACGAUUAUUCCACAUUGUCUUGGUAUCUGUACUUUCUGGCCAAAAUGUGCUCGACGGGCAGUUUUAUGACGCUGUAUUUCUUCACCUCCGAAAUAUUCCCCACCAGCUGCCGCAACAGUAUGCUCUCCUUCUGUUCGAUGGUGGGUCGUUUUGGCUCCAUGUUGGCGCCACAAACGCCGCUUUUGAUCUACUAUUACAAAUAUGCGCCGCAUUUGCUGUUCGCCGCAUUUGGCAUUCUCAGCUCGGUGCUGAGCUUCUUUUUUCCUGAAACUUCCAAUAAAGUGCUGCCCACGACAUUGGAGGAGGCUCGCGCCCUGGACAGAAGUCAACAACCAAAAGUUUCGGCAGCCACAAAAACUGCUGCCUAAUCAGCUGAAAAUAGCAAUGUCUGGGGUAUAUUUGGGUUCAAUUAGUUGCUGUAAAUACUUGUCUACCAGAUUGUCGUGUUGAAUGACAUGCAAAAAUAUUGAAUUGUGUAUAGAGUGUCGAAUACUUGAAACGGUUCGGCUCGUAUUUAUUGUAAUAAGAUAAUGCAUGCACUUGGCGACAAAUCUUUUCAAUUACUUGCUAAUCUUAUCAUUUCCAAUUGGAUUAUCGAUCAACAAAUUAUUUAGUAUACAAAAUGGCAGUCAAAUUGGGCAACAAAACGAGCAACGACUAUUUCCCUAAUAAACUAUUUAUUAUUGAUUUCCAA